AGUAAUAUUAUUGCAGAUUCGAGUUAUUAAUGCUUGCUGCGUGUUACACAACUAUGCACGGGAUAGGCAGCAUCAUAAGGAUGAUUUAUUGUUGCCGGAAGUGGAUGCUGAACUAGCUGAUGCGCCAAUUGAACCUGUAGAUGAUGCUAACUUAAUUACUAGUGUUCAAGUCACUGCUGAAUGGAACUCUUUUAGAGAUCAGCAUGCCAAUGACAUGUUUGAUGAGUACCUUUUGAGGCAUGGUGAACUAGAGAUGGAGUAGGCCGUGUGGGAUAUCUUUUGUGUCAAAGCUGGCUGCAUUAUUUUGUGUUGGGCAGCUAGUGUGUGGUGCCUUUUGUGAACUUUUAUGCAUGCACCAUAUAGUUUGGCAUACUAACUUUUGUGGUAUUUUGACAAAUAUAUGUGAUUAGCACCAUGGCUACAACAAAAGGAAAUAAGAGGGUCUAUCUCACUUGGACUGAUGAGAUGGACGCUGCAUUGCUGGCUGUUCUCGUGGAGCAUCACAACAAUGGUGAUCAUGCCCAAAAUGGUUGGAAGCCACAUGUCUACAAUGCUGCUAUAAGGAAUGUACGUGAGAAGUGUAAUGUGGAGAUCACAAAGGACAAUAUAGCAUCAAGGUGCAAAACUUUUGACAAGCACUAUGAGGUCAUUAGCAAGAUUCUUUCUCAGAGCGGCUUUGGCUGGGAUUGGGUUAAUGAUAAGCUGUUAAUUGAUAGUGAUGAUGUUUGGAAUAAAUAUAUGGAGGCUAACAAGUCAGCAGCUUGCUACAAGAACAAAGUAGUGAAGAAUUGGGAUGCAAUCAGUACUAUUUAUUCAAAAGAUCAUGCCAAUGGUCAAGGUGCUCAGACAGGUGCUGAGAGUGCUCAAGUUCUACCUGAACAAGUUGAUGAUGCAUCACCAGAUUUGCCCCAAAAGAAGCAGCGAACUGGUGAGGCCAUUCUAUCUAUACUAGGAGAUAUGAAGACCUCAUUCAAUGAUUCUUUGAAGUCCACCGAACCACUACCGAUGCCUAGUGUUACUUCUCCUGCUGAGAUCCUUGCAACACUUCAAAUGGUACCUGAUUUGGCUAGAUCUGACAUGCUAAAAUCUUAUGGGAAGUUCAUCCUUAAUGAACGCUUAUUCCAAGCGCUCCUGGAACUCCCCAUGGACAUGAGGAAGGAAUGGCUCUUGUUGUUGAACUAAAAGAAUGGCAAUUGAGGGUGGUACUGUAUGGUUGU